UUUUCGCAUCAAUUGGCACAAACUGUAGCAAAUAUUGUCAGUUUUGUAAAUUCCUAUUGAUCCAUAAUCUCUUGAAUGAUUUAAUCCCACCAUGGAUGUAUUCUAUGCUUAUACCUACUCCACAGCGGGAUGGCUCUCGCUGCAGAGUAUAUCCUUGAUCACCGUCCCGCAGAUCAUGGCAACCUUGCUGUUGGAUGAGACUAGAUCGGCUUCUGAAAUGGAGAUAUACUUCGCACGCUGCCUAGGGUUUAGUUUACUCACCAUUGCGGUCCUAACGGUAAUGCUGACGGGAUCGAUCCCUUUGAACUCCACGGUGUCAGAGCCAGUGACCACAGAGGAUAACGAUCCCAAGGGACCAUAUGCCGUUCCAACAUUGAUCGUAACAGCCCUUUUCCAAGGAUUUUCCGCCUUCUACGCUUAUACCCGGUACUUAUCCUCGGGUCACAUUGCCCUUGCUAUAGGAAUGAUUGGAUACUCAGUGGUGGCCGCCAUUGGUCUUUGGUGUGUACUCUUUGCCAGCAGUAAUGGGAAGAUUAGUCGGAAGACGGGUGCAGAUAAGAGAACGACGGGAUUUCCAUUCAAAAACACAGAGGCAGCCAAGAAACAUGCGUGGAAGAAAAGCUCAUAAAAAAUGGGCAUUCUUAGAGGCCAAAUGUCUGGAGGAUUCGGUUAUGUCGGAUACUACGGGGGAUCGAUCUAUCUGGAUCCAUAAUGAGCACAUCUAAACCGCGCAUGAGUACCUUAGAUCCGUUUGAGUCACGAGGGUCAAAGCCAACGCCAAAAGGAAAAGGGCCAAGACCGGCGCUUAUCGGGUGGCUGAACAAUCGCUGCUAGUGUGUACACAGGAUGCAUAAAUUAACUAAGAGCCAAUGACGUUAUCGAAGACAUGGUAUUCCUUUACUUGAUUUGUUGCGGUGCUCCGACCGAACUGGAUUCAGAUGAAGAUGAAGGGAUU